AUGGUCUUAACAGCUCAUUUUAUUGAUCAUAAUUGGAGAUUGCAAAAGCGUGUUAUCAAUUUUGUUCGUCUUCCACCUCCUCGCCGUGGUGUUGAGAUUGCUGAUGGUAUCUUUAAGUGUUUGAAGGAGUGGGGAAUUGAGAACAAGGUUUUUACUAUCUCUGUUGAUAAUGCUUCAAGCAAUGAUGUGGCAAUCAGGAUUCUUAAAGACACAUUUUCAAGAACUAAAAGGUUGCUUUGUGGAGGAAAGUUAUUUCAUGUUCGUUGUUGUGCACACAUUCUUAAUCUCAUGGUGCAAGAUGGUAUUUCUGAAAUUGAAGAAAUAAUUGAAGAUAUUCAUGAAAGUGUGAAGUUUAUUAAUCAAAGUGAAGCAAGAUUGAAGUCAUUUUCUGAUAUUGUGCAACAACUACAAUUGUCGGAGAGAAAACUUAUUCUUGAUUGCAAGACACGUUGGAAUUCAACAUUUGAAAUGCUAUCAGUUGCAAUGAAAUUUAAAGAUAUUUUUCCAAUGUUCAAAGAUCGCGAAAUCCUUUAUCAUUGUUGCCCAUGCCCCGAAGAUUGGGAAAAGGUGGAUAAAAUAUGUGAGAUUUUAGAAGUGUUCAAUGCCAUCACAAAAAUUAUUUCCGGUAGUGAUUAUCCAACUUCUAAUUUGUUUCUCAAUGAAGUCUAUCGGGUGAAAAUGUUGCUAGACAAAAGGGUGAAUGAUGAAAAUGACUUUAUUCGAGCAAUGAUUGGCAAAAUGAAGGCUAAAUUUGAUAAAUAUUGGGGAGAAUGCAAUUUGCUCAUGUCCGUGGCCGCCGUCUUGGAUCCAAGAUGCAAAAUGAGGGUUGUUGAUUUCACUUUUGCAAGGAUGUAUUCCGAUAGAGAAGCAAGAGAAAAUAUUGCUAAAGUUCGAGAAGCUCUACAUGAGAUUUAUGAAAAAUAUGUUCGUGAAUAUCAAUAUGGCAAUGAGCAUAGUGGUGAAACUCCAAUGCAUAAUAAUGAUGAUGUUGGUACUAGUGGCAAAGGCUCGUCAGGAAAUCCUGAUCAAUUUAAUGCCUUAGAAUGGUGGAAGGGAAGUACUUUUAAAAAUAUCGCGAUCUUGUCUAGAAUGGCUCGUGACAUACUUGCUAUUCCUAUUACUACAGUUGGCUUUCAGAGGCUACUUUCAGUUGGUGGUGGUGGUGGUAAGAUUGUUGCACGGAGAUAUGUUUCUAUGAAGGCAUCUGGUUCUUUGGAGUCUGGAUAUGGUGUUGAUGAUGCAUUUAUGCUGGCUCAAGUGGGAGGUGUAGACGAGGAGGUUCGAUUUGUUGGUGAAGAUUAUCCUGAUAUAGGUGUUUCUGAUUUAUGA